AUGUCAGACUACUGGUUGAAGCCGAUCUUCAGCCUGUGUCACACUGGUAGAUCUUCACAGCACCUUCUGGAAGUCAGCGGCAGCAGAGAGGCACUCAGUCCACUCUCAAAGCCCAACUUCCCUCUGGUGCUAUGUUUGGACGGGAGCUGGAUCUUCAUCUCAGUUAGAAGUAUCUAUAUUGGGCCCUCGCUGAACUCCGCAGAAUUCACGGCAGGGGACACCAAUGCUGGAGUGGACGGACCUCUGCAAGAAGAACUGCCUAAAGCAGGAAAUCCAGCUGUUGGACCUAUUGAGAUAUUCCGCUUUGCUGAUACCCUGGACAUCAUCCUCAUGACUCUGGGAAUAGUGGCAUCCAUGGUAAAUGGAGCCACUGUUCCCUUAAUGUCCCUGGUUUUAGGAGAAAUAAGUGAUCGUUUUAUUAGUGGAUGCCUAGUCCAAACCAACAGAACAAACUAUCAGAACUGUUCUCAGUCUCAGGAGCAGCUACAUGAAGACAUCGCUAUGUUGACCCUGUGUUAUGUUGGGAUAGGGGCAGCUGCCCUCGUUUUUGGCUACAUACAGAUUUCCUUCUGGGUCAUAACUGCAGCCCGGCAAACCUCAAGAAUUCGGAAACAGUUUUUUCAUUCAAUUUUGGCACAAGACAUCAGCUGGUUUGACGGCAGUGACGUCUGUGAACUCAACGCCCUCAUGACUGGUGACAUCAACAAAGUCUGCGAUGGUAUUGGAGACAAGAUCGCUCUGCUGUUUCAGAACAUUUCUGGGUUUUCUAUUGGCCUGGUGAUGAGCUUGAUAAAAAGCUGGAAACUGUCCCUGGUGGUGCUGUCCGUCUCUCCUUUCAUAAUGGCUUCAUCAGCGGCGUGCUCCAGGAUGGUCAUCUCAUUGACCAGUAAGGAACUGGAUGCCUAUUCCAAAGCCGGGGCUGUAGCUGAGGAAGUCUUGUCAGCAAUCAGAACAGUCACCGCCUUUGGAAACCAAGAGAAAGAAAUUCAAAGGUAUACACAGAAUCUGAAAGACGCAAAGGACGCUGGUAUAAAGAAGGCAGUAGCUUCAAAGCUGUCUCUUGGAGCUGUCUACUUCUUUAUGAACGGAGCCUAUGGACUGGCUUUUUGGUACGGAACCUCCUUGAUUUUCAGUGGAGAGCCUGGUUAUACCGUUGGGACUAUUCUUGCUGUUUUCUUCAGUGUGAUCCAUAGUAGUUAUUGCAUUGGAUCUGCAGCCCCUCACUUGGAAACCUUCACUGUGGCCCGAGGAGCUGCCUUUAAUAUUUUCCAGGUGAUUGAUAAGAAACCCAAUAUAGACAACUUUUCAAGCGCUGGAUAUAAACCUGAAAUUAUAGAAGGAAACAUAGAAUUUAAAAACGUUUCCUUCAGCUAUCCAUCAAGACCUUCUGUCAAGAUUCUGAAAGGACUCAAUCUCAAGAUUAAACCUGGAGAGACGGUAGCUUUGGUUGGUCCCAGUGGCAGUGGCAAGAGUACAGCAGUCCAGCUUCUGCAGAGGCUUUAUGACCCAGAAGAAGGCUGUAUCACGGUGGAUGAGAUCGACAUCCGAGCCCAAAACGUGAGGCAUUACAGAGAGCACAUUGGCGUGGUCAGCCAAGAGCCAGUUUUGUUUGGGACCACUAUCGGUAACAAUAUUAAGUUUGGGCGCGAAAGCGUGAAUGAAGAGGAGAUGGAGCAAGCAGCGAGGGAGGCGAAUGCCUACGACUUCAUAAUGGCAUUUCCUAAGAAAUUUAAUACGCUAGUAGGGGAAAAAGGAGCUCAAAUGAGCGGGGGCCAGAAACAGAGAAUCGCCAUUGCUCGCGCGCUAGUUCGAAACCCCAAGAUUCUGAUCUUAGACGAAGCUACUUCCGCCCUCGAUGCAGAGAGCGAGUCAGCCGUUCAAGCUGCGCUGGAGAAGGCAAGCAAAGGCCGCACUACAAUUGUGAUCGCACACCGGCUCUCCACUAUCCGAGGGGCAGACCUGAUUGUGACGAUGAAGGAUGGUUUGGUGGCAGAGAAAGGGACCCAUGCUGAGCUCAUGGCAAAGCAAGGGCUGUAUUACUCGCUCGCCGUGGCACAGGAUAUUAAAAAGGCUGAUGAGCAAAUGGAGUCAAGGACACACCCCACUGAAGAAGAUACUAGCUGUGAUUCUCUGCCUGAUGUGAACAGCACCAAGGCCCCUUGCACUGACGAGUUUCAGGAAGCUGGUCACUGUCAAGAGGCAAAUCUUCCUGAAGUUUCUUUAUUAGAAGUAUUUAAAUUAAGCAAGUCCGAAUGGCCUUUUGUGGUUCUGGGAACACUGGCUUCUGUUCUAAAUGGAUCUGUUCAUCCAGCAUUUUCCAUCAUCUUCGCAAAGUUGGUCACCAUGUUCGAAGACAAAAGUAAAACUACCCUGAAGCACGAGGCGCAACUCUACUCUGUGGUGUUGGUCGCCCUGGGCGCUGUGGCCCUGGUCACUUACCUGAUGCAGGGAUUGUUUUAUGGCAGAGCAGAGGAAAACUUAGCCAUGAGACUAAGACACUUGGCAUUCAAAGCCAUGCUGUACCAGGAUAUUGCCUGGUACGAUGAGAAAGAAAACAGCACAGGCGCUCUGACCACGGCACUAGCCAUGGACGUAGCACAGAUCCAGGGUGCAGCAACUUCAAGACUUGGUGUCAUAACACAAGAUGUGACCAACAUGGGGUUGUCUGCUUUCAUCUCCUUCAUAUAUGGAUGGGAGAUGACACUCCUGAUUCUCAGCUUCGCGCCUGUGCUCGCAGUCACGGGAAUGAUUCAAACCGCGGCAGUGGCUGGGUUUGCCAACAAGGAUAAGGAAGAGCUUGUGCGUGCUGGAAAGGUGGCAUCAGAAGCUGUGGAGAACAUACGUACUGUGGUGUCAUUAACAAGAGAGAAAGCCUUUGAGCAAAUGUAUGAGGAGACACUUCAGACCCAACACAGGAAUGCCUUGAAGAGGGCGCACAUCACGGGGAGCUGCUAUGCGGUCAGCCAUGCUUUUGUGCAUUUUGCCCAUGCAGCAGGGUUUCGAUUUGGAGCCUAUUUGAUUCGCACUGGACGGACGACGCCAGAAGGCAUGUUCACAGUUUUUACCGCCAUUGCAUAUGGGGCUAUGGCCAUUGGAGAAACGCUUGUUUGGGCUCCUGAAUAUUCCAAAGCCAAAGCUGGAGCUGCACAUCUGCUUGCUUUGCUGAAAAAGACACCAACUAUAGACAGCUGCAGUCAAGGCGGGGAAAAGCCAGACACCUGCGAAGGGAACUUAGAAUUUCGAGAAGUCUCUUUCUUCUAUCCAUGUCGUCCGGAAGUCCCUGUCCUUCAUGAUUUGUCCCUCAGCGUUGAGAAAGGGAAGACUGUAGCAUUUGUUGGGAGCAGCGGCUGUGGGAAAAGCACAUGUGUCCAACUGCUGCAGAGAUUUUAUGACCCCACGAAAGGACAAGUGCUGCUUGAUGGUGUUGAUGUAAGAGGGUUGAACGUGCAGUGGCUGCGUUCCCAGAUAGCCAUCGUCUCCCAGGAGCCUGUGCUGUUCAACUGCAGCAUGGCAGAGAACAUUGCCUACGGUGACAACAGCCGCGUGGUGCCCUUAGAGGAGAUCAAAGAAGCCGCAGCCGCAGCCGACAUGCAUUCUUUCAUUGAAGGGCUCCCUGGGAAAUACAACACUCAAGUCGGACUGAGAGGGGUGCAGCUUUCUGGAGGCCAGAAGCAAAGGCUGGCUAUCGCAAGAGCUCUUCUCCGGAAGCCAAAAAUUUUACUGCUGGAUGAGGCCACCUCAGCCCUCGACAAUGAAACUGAGAAGGUGGUUCAGCAGGCCCUUGACAGAGCCCGGCAAGGGAGGACCUGCCUAGUGGUGGCUCACAGACUCUCCACGGUACAGAGUGCAGAUAUGAUCGUGGUUCUGCAAAAUGGAAAGAUCAAGGAGCAGGGAACUCAUCAAGAGCUCCUGAGAAACGGAGACACAUAUUUUAAGCUAGUAGCUGCACAUUGCCAGUAG